AUGGCUAGAUCACAGAGCCUUAAUGAUGGGACUGUUAAAGUUCAUUCUUCCAUUGCCUUGUUGCAGGAGAGGUUUAGGCAACUGCAGAGAGCGAAGGAGAUGAGGGAGGAGAGAGAGCUCUUGAGGCAGCUCAUAGCCGAAUCUGCUGAGAGGGGUAAUCAAACUCAAGCCGCCCCACAUUUUGAGCAGAAGGGCUUGGUGUUUCAAUCUGAAAUGACAGGUUCUCAGCGUCAGCCACAACCCCAAGCCUCAAUGUACCUCCAACCCAGUUACUUGCAGAGCAAGCAAAAUUAUCAAGCCGUCAUGCGCAGACCAAGCAAACUUGAUGAUUCGGAUGUGGACACUUCUCUUCACCUUUGA